GGCCGGCGCCUCGGCAGCCCCUCCCCCGCUCUCCCCUCGCCGCCGCCUCCCCUGCGCCCUCCCCUUCUCCGCCUCCUCCCCCACCACCUCCUCCCGGUCCCUGGCAGCCGCAGCUCAGGGAGCAGCCGGCGGCGCCGUAGCCGCGCAGCCUUUGUUGUCGGGCCUCCGGGCGCGCGGGGCCCAGCGCAGGCGCUGAGUGUCCACCUAAGAAACUGUAAGCACGACUGGUUGCCACAGAGAUGAUGCAGGUGUGAUUGGUGAACCACAAGUCCCAGCUAGUGCUCCCAAAGAAAGACGCAUCUCCAGAUCACUCCAGCGCCCUGGAAACUCACAGACGUGGAGACGGAAGAUGCAGCCCGCAGACAGAAGACGGGAGCUGCCCAAGCGCUGAGGGGUGCGGAGCCUUUGCAGCCAGCUCUGCCGGCCUCUGAGCGUCUGUCGGCCAUGGCCUGUAACAGCACGUCCCUCCAGAUUUACGAACACCGGCUGCUCAAUGGCAGCAACGGGUCGGACUCCGGGGCCACGCCCCUGCCCGCCCCGCUCAGGAUAUCCCUGGCAAUAGCAAUGCUGCUGAUGAUCGCGGUCGGUUUCCUAGGCAACACCGUGGUCUGUAUCAUAGUGUACCAGAGGCCGGCCAUGCGCUCCGCCAUCAACCUGCUGCUGGCCACACUGGCCUUCUCCGACAUCAUGCUGUCCUUAUGUUGCAUGCCCUUCACCGCCGUCACCCUCAUCACCGUGCGCUGGCACUUUGGGGACCACUUUUGCCGGCUGUCGGCCACGCUCUACUGGUUUUUCGUCCUGGAGGGCGUGGCCAUCCUGCUCAUCAUCAGCGUGGACCGCUUUCUCAUUAUCGUGCAGCGCCAGGACAAGCUGAAUCCCCGGCGGGCCAAGGUCAUUAUCGCAGUCUCCUGGGUGCUGUCUUUCUGCAUCGCGGUCCCCUCACUCACCGGCCGGACGUUCGUGGAGGUGCCCGCACGGGCCCCGCAGUGUGUGCUAGGCUACACCGAGCUGCCUGCAGACCGCGCGUACGUGGUGAUGUUGGUGGUGGCCGUGUUCUUCGUGCCCUUCGGGGUCAUGCUGUGCUCCUACCUGUGUAUCCUCAACACAGUCCGGAAGAACGCCGUGCGCGUGCACAACCAGUCGGACAGCCUGGACCUCAGGCACCUCACCAAGGCCGGCCUGAGACGGCUGCAGCGGCAGCAGCAGGUCAGCCUGGACUUGAGCUUCAAAACCAAGGCCUUCACCACCAUCCUCAUCCUCUUCGUGGGCUUCUCGCUCUGCUGGCUGCCCCAUUCCGUCUAUAGCCUCCUGUCUGUGUUCAGCCGGAGGUUUUACUACAGCGCCUCCUUUUACAACACCAGUACCUGCAUCCUGUGGCUCAGUUACCUCAAGUCUGUCUUCAACCCCAUUGUCUACUGCUGGAGGAUAAAAAAAUUCCGUGAGGCCUGCAUAGAGUUGCUACCCCAGACCUUCCAGAUCCUUCCCAAAGUGCCUGAGCGGCUUCGAAGGAGAAUCCAGCCAAGCACAGUCUAUGUGUGCAACGAAAACCAGUCUGCUGUUUAGGGCAGGGCAGAAGGGGCAGUGCGGGGCCCCAGUGUCCAGCACCAGGUUUUCCAGUCCUUUCCGGCACUUUUGUCAUUUGUCUGCAUUGUGUGGUGACUACUGUCUAAGCACAAGAGGACUCAUCUGACAACAGAUGAGCUUCGGCUCCCAAAUCACAAAUUUCAGCAAGGUGAAUUGGGCUUUGACAGGCAUUGCAAGGUGGUUGAGGCCAAACAGGCGUGGGGUAGGGGAGAGCAGAAGUGGGGCAGAGAGUUAGGGAAGAGGAGGGAGGCAGCAAGGGAAAGUGGUUGAAGAUGGGGCAGGCAGAGAUGGAAAAUCCCGAGUCUGCCAGUCUGAGCCUCCCUUGACAUCUGCUGGAGAGAAACCCCUGGUGCCAUAUUCUGAUGGGAGAAACCCAAGGAGGUGCCAUCUCACGGGUCAACAUCACUCCUUGGAUGCUUGCAUUCUUCAGAGUUCUUUAGGCUUAUGGUGUACGGGGAAUCAGGCAAGCUUCCUGUUCACUGGUCAGUUGUGCAUUUCCGACCACGCCAAAUCAUCCUUUCUAGAAAGAAACCAAACUCCCACUGGGAAGCAGAGCGGGCCCCUGGGUUUUGGAGGAAGAUGCAGCCGGCAGACAGAAGACGGGAGCUGCCCAAGCGCUGACGGGGGCAGAGCCUUUGCAGCCAGUGUGGUGUGUGGGAGGGCUCAGGGGUCUGAGGCACACAGGAGAUUCUGCUACAGCUCAGCCUGAAUUGAGAAGCCCACCCGUGUCACAUGUGUGUCUUCAGUCCUGCCCCUAUGCCUGGCCCAAGCCAGCUGCUCUUCUGCCACUUCCCUCCUUCCCUCCACCCAUUACCACACCUCCCUCUGUUCACGUCUCCUGCAUUUGCAGUGGGGUGCAGAAGCACCUGCAAGAACCCAACCAUUGACUACAUGCAGUGACUCGCUUCGGUGUCGGGAGCCGGUGUCGUCGCUGGCUUUGUUUACACAUUGCCCCUGCACACCCUGAGCGGGGCUCCAGAGCCCCCGUGAGUCACCAGAUCCGUUCUACGUGGAGUGCUGCUGCAGGGGGCCCCAUCGACCUCUGUGCUCCUCCUACCUCACUCAGAUCCGCUGCUGCCGACUGUGCACCUGCCCUGGACCGUGCUGGGGAGUGAAGCUGCCUAGAGAAGAGCCCCCUGCUUGGGCUGGACCUUAGCCUCCACGCCCACGUCCAUGCGACGUCACUGGGAGCUCCCCACUUGGGAAGCCCUGAGUCCUUUGAGCUCUCUCUGCAGUCUCUGAUCUGGAGAGAGUGGGGCAUUUCAGGAGUGGUUUGGGAAGUCUGAUUCCAGGUCUGACUGUGACAGCCACUGGUGGUGUGACCGUCUCGUUUCACCUCACCUCUCUGGCUCUGUUUCCUCAUCGGCCAAGCCUAAAAAAGCGGGUCUGGAUCUCCAAUGUCCUCACCAUCCCUCAAGCGCUCUGAUUCUAAAACGGGUGUUUUCUACCCAGUCACCAGGUUCCCCUGCAUCCACCUGUUGUCCCACGUAACGAGCAUCUAUUAAGUGCCUACGAGGUGUAAGGCACUGUUAGGGAGCCAGCGAUGAGUAAGGCCGGGGUCCUGCCCAACAGCUGCCCAGUCUAUCUCAGCAUCAUGGUAACUCAGCCCCAGGGCACAGAAGCUCCAGGUUUGCUUCCGGUCGAACUUCUUUUUAUGGUGUAUUAAGAGGCCAGCUCCCCUCCUUACCUUUGACAGUGAGGCAGAGGGCAGGGAAGGAAAGGGAGUGAGAAGAAGAGCCUAAUUCACAUUAACCUAAGCCUGGAGGAGGGCUUGGCAAGAAAAUCAUUGAUACUUGUUAUCACCAAUGUCACCUUCCUGUUAUAUCCAGGAUUGAAAGAGAGAGAGAGAGAGAGAGAGAGAGAGAGAGAGAGAGAGAGAGAGAGAGAGAAACACAGGCAACUGGUAUGGGAUUGAUUGAAGAGGGUCCUGUCAAUUCUGUAUCCAGAGUGUACCCAGCAAGGUCCGGAUUUGCCCUUAGUUCCCAUGGGGCAGAACUGGUCACAGGGUCCUGCGGUGCCCACCAAGGGGACCACGCCCAUGGGCACCUCCUCCUCUCAGGUGGGCAUUUAGGGACAUUUUCUUCAGGAAACUUGAGCAAAAGAGAAAUCACAAAACUGAGUGAAUGAAGGAACCAAUAUCUCCACCCGUCAGUGUUGUGUGAUGUAUGUUGCCCAGUAAUAUGUAAGUUUCAGAGUAAUAAUUUUGUAUAUAUUUUAAAUAAAGUAUCACUGCUCUU